AUGUUUCACGGAAAGCUCGCACAGCUGCCUAAAUGGACCAAGAUGGAGCACAUUUCGAGCCGAGGCAUGGUCAUCCGCUACUCUUCCCCGUCGUCCAAGGGACCGGUAGUAGACGAGAGUGUCAUGCCUGCGAUCUCUAUCCCUUUUGAACCGCCGCUGGAAACCACUAUGGACGCACGCAAGCGGCUCGUGGCCAUGAGCGAGUCGUGCGAAAUAGCAAAUGCCAAGUUCGCGCAGGCCUCGUCGCCCGAGUUUUGGAGCAAGUACAAUAUGGAUGUACUGCUGCAGUGGACGGACCGCGUACUGAUGCACCCUGCGACGCUCACAGUCCUCGCCGUGCUGGCGAUCCUCCUCGCAAGCCCCAGCCCGUUGCAGAGUGUUGCACUGAAUGACGAUCGGCGCACCGACAGCGAGCAGGUGGCGUUCACGGCAUAUACCUACGUGAUACACUGCGUGCACAUGGUGGUGCACGCUGUGCGCCUUCCGCUCCAGCUGCUGAUUCUUCCUCUUGCCGUGAUCCUCUUCAUUCGUUUCCUCGGCUGGCUGAGCAGUGCAUGGAGCAACGCGGCGCCGAUGCCGAACGAUAUCGCCGAGCUGCCGACAUGGGUGAUGAGCACGCUCCUCACGCCGACGCUCCCUCCCCUGACGUCGGAGCAGUGGCGAGAAGAGAAAGUGGUCAUCACAGGAGGUGCGCGCGGUCUUGGCGCUGUGCUGGCACGGCGCCUGGCCGACAAAGGCGCGCAUGUGAUCACGCUCGACGUCGCCAAGUCGACUGUAAAACACGCAAAUGUCGUGGCGUACCGUUGUGACAUUUCCAAGCAGAACGAGGUGCUUUCGGUGACACGCAACAUUCUCCACCGCCACGGCGCCCCCACGAUGCUGAUCAAUAAUGCGGCGGUGCGGAAUGGCUACCCCCUGCUGGACGUUUCCGUGAGUGACAUUGCGCGCGUGAUGGACACAAACACAAUGGCUCACUUUUGGACCUUGAAAGAAUUUCUCCCCUCGAUGGUCGAAAAGAAGCGCGGCCAUAUUAUCACGGUGUCUUCGAUGAUGGGCCAGACCGGCGUUGCACAGAUGGUCGACUAUGUUGCAUCGAAGCAUGCGCUUGUUGGGCUGCACGAUUCCCUCCGUUUCGAGCUGGACUCGAUUUACAAGACGCCGUUCGUGCGUACGACCAUUGUCACUACGGGGCAUCUGCAAGAGACGAGCAUGUUCUCGGGGAUCCAGUAUAACGCAUUCGCACGCUUUUUUGCACCCCCCGUUAGCACCUCGAGCGUGGCUGACGCUGUGGUGGAUGCCCUCGAAAGCCAAGAGAGCCGCACCGUGGCGCUUCCGUGGUACGCAGCAUGGACGCCCGCCUUGCGUCUCCUUCCGUCGUUUGCGCGCGAUGGAGUUCAGGCGCUGCUCGGCGCGAACCACUCCAUGACCACAGCUCCGAAAGCAGCACCGGAUUCGAGUGCCGAUGCCCUCUCUACGUAA